AUGGGCUCUCAUGAGGAGCUGCAGCGCUGCGAGGCUACGAGAUGGUCCAGGAAAGAGCUCGCCAGCGGCUCCGGCAUCCAAACCAAGAGCUGCUCCAUUAAAGCCUUGGUGCUAAAUGAGCAUGACAACCUGGCCGUGACCACCAUUAACCCGUUCAGGGAAACGCUGGCCAUGCAUAUGGAUUCCACUGGGGUCCUUCCCUUGUGCUGUAACACGUGUCAAAAUGGCCUCUUGCCGGCGCUGAUGCGUCCCAGCCUUCCCAGUAUCCAGGCCGCACUGGGCAUGAAGCAGUUCCUGCCCUUCCCACUGGAGACGGCCUCGGCGGUCAGCCUGUUCCCGGGAUUCAACACGAGCCAGGCCCUGGCCCACUACAAGGGGACCAAACACGCCAAGAAGCUAAAAGCCCUGGAUUCUCCGAAGACCAAGCUCAAAGGCUCCCUGGUCCUGAAGGACACCACCAUGCAGGAGCUGGUCCAGGGCAUCACCACCUCGCAGGUCUCCAGCAUCACCGACAGCAAAGAUAUCGUCCCUGAUGCCGUGGCCCUCCCGCUCUCCCCCGUGCUCAGAACAGCACAGCUCAUGGCGACCCCUAUGAUGCUGCCGCCGGCCCCCCCGCCCGUGGCCCUGCCGAUAGUCCCGAUCAGAGCAGCAGCAGCAUCAGCCCCGGAGUCUACCUCAUCCGCCGGAGGGGACGAGCAGCAGCUGGACCUCAACUCGCCCUCAGAACCGGACCUGGAGCCCGAGGCCGAACCCGAACCCGAGGCGGAGGCGGAUCCGGAGUCGGAGCAGGAGAAGGCUCAACGUCUGCUCUACUGCUCGCUGUGCAAAGUGGCCGUCAACUCGGCGUCACAGCUGGAGGCGCACAACAGCGGUACGAAGCACAAGACCAUGCUGGAGGCCCGGAGCGGCGUGGGCUCCAUCAAGUCCUUCCCCCGACCGGGGGUCAAGAGCAAAGUGGCCACGGUGACCAAGUCAGCCACGGGUCUGCAGAACAAGACGUUUCACUGUGAGACGUGUGACGUGCACGUGAACUCAGAGACUCAGCUCAAACAGCACAUCAGCAGCCGGCGCCAUAAAGACCGAGCGGCAGGUAAACCGGCCAAACCCAAAUACAGCCCGUACAGCAAACCGCAGAAAGGCCUGACCAAGCAGCCGAUCACAUUGACCUUGGGGAAGGAGCAUCAGUGUCAACCUCUGAGCGCCCAGAUGCUCCCGGCUCACCUGGCAGCAGUGGCCGCCGCCAUCAGCAACGCUUUCACCCACCGCACGAACCACGCCUCGAGCCUCGCCCCGCCCCCCUCCCUCUUCCAAACACAGCCCCUCCCUGCCGCUCUGCUCCGCCCCGCCCCCGGGCCUGUCAGGACCUCCCACCCACAAAUCCUAUUUGCCCCUUAUUGA